AUGGACUACUCUGAUUUGAUCCGUCCGAACGCCAGGGAGGUCAACGCUUCAUCUCCCACGCAUCGAUCUUCAUCCCCCCAUUCGUCUCGCAAUGAACCCAGACGCAUGCCUUCUUUCGGCUCCCAGAGACACGCCCCUGCGGCGCCUGAUCAGGGCCCGCUGCAACCAGCCAACGAAUCUACACCCAUCGUGAGGGGAUCCGACUCGAUCAGACGCAAUUAUCAUUCCACCGACGGCCUGCGGAAUCGGGACUCGGGGUCCGGAGAUGCGCCUGGAAAGAACUCGGCGCAACGGGAUGCCAGAGAUGCCGACCAGCAGGCUCAGCCGACAGAAUCUGCAGAGCCCAAGGCGUCGUGGUAUAGCCAGUUUGCUGAUCGGUACGGGAGUCUCGAACUGGAAAACAAGGGGAGUGUUGCUCGUGAUCAUCUGGCAUUAGAACGGACAUUCCUCGCCUGGCUGAGAACAUCACUGGCUUUCGCAUCCAUUGGAAUAGCGGUGACCCAACUGUUCCGCUUGAACAGCUCUACUAAUAGUAACAUAUCGAGUGCCGAGGUUUCGUCGCAUGGCCUCCCUCCACUUAUGUCGCCUCCGUUCUACGAUCCCAACGCUGUCCACGCCACUAUUACUUCUGAACGUCUUCGCAGUAUUGGUAAACCUCUCGGAACCACAUUCAUUGGCGUUGCGAUAUUGAUUCUCCUGGUUGGUUUCCACCGCUACUUUGAAAGCCAGUAUUGGAUCAUCCGGGGUAAAUUUCCUGCUAGCCGUGGCAGCAUCGCGUUUAUCGCGUUUGUAGCCGCUGCCCUGAUCAUAGCGGCCCUAGUCGUCAUUCUGGCCAUUUCCCCAGGCGCCGUUGAAGGCUAG